GACUCUUUUCUUUAGUACAUACAUUUUUCGUAAUCCCUUCAACCAGUUGAAAUAGUAAAAUAAAACAUAAUAAACUUUGUAAAAAUUAUAGUGAAUCCAACUAUUUGAGAUUCAAAAGAUUCUGCUACAUUCUGCGCCUUAAAGAAUCUCUAAAGAUACUGAUACCUCUUUGAAAAAUGCAUUCCUCCGGCAGGAACAGUGGUCGGAGUACUGCAGCUGUGCCAACGCAAUAUGGUCGUGGUAACACCACCUCUGGAGUCACAGUGCGUUCCAAGUUAGCGGCACCUCUAUCGACGCAGGCGGCGGGAACACGCAGACCUGUUCACGGCGGAGCGGGCGAUGGAGGAUCCGAUGCGGCUUGGAAGCAGACGGGGCGUCGUCUGGCCAAUAUUAACCAACCUUCUCGACUGGUCCAGCCCACCAUAGCCUCCUCGCUGAGGGCCAGCUCCAACAAGCAGACGGCAAAGCAGCAGUUUGAGCAAGCGGCCCAGGAGAAGGCCAAAUCGGGAAGUCCCUCGCCAAAGGACACCGAAACGGAAUUCAAAAAGGCACCCAAGAAGCGGGUGAUGACCCAAGCGGCCAAACAGGCGGCUCGGGCCCGUCUCUGGCCAAGCACCAGACCGGCGGGCGGAGGCUUCACCUCGAGUCUUCGCAAGGAUAGGCUCCCAGGACCCGAGGAGCCCAGUCCCUUGGCGGAUUGCGAGGCCAUGGCGGAAAGGGCGGAGGCCAAAGAUAGCAAGCCCCAGGAGCUGUUGGAAGCGGGCAUCCAGACCAACGAGGCGGAGAUCCUCGACCAUACACUGGUUCUCGGCGAAGUCAAGAUGGUAAGCCCCUCAGUAGAGCUGGUGGAGCAGAUCGACCGGGAGCGGCGCGAACUUAAGGCGAGUGUGGAUCGCCAGUCGACGCGCAGGUUUGCUGCCCACGAGCAAGAGGAGGAACUGCAUCUGGACGAACUGAAAGAGUUUUACUUGCGGAACGCAGUGACCAAGCGCACGCCCAAAAAGCCGCCACCGAUUCAGUACGCUUUCUACGACAACCAGUACCAGAACGUGUUCAAGUCCAUGGACGCCUUCUUCACCCGAGUCCAGACUUCUGUGCCCAAGUCCGAGUCUGUGACCACCAUCCAAGAGCGCAUCAAGCGCAAGGAGCAGGAGCUGCUGAGCCUCUUUGAUAACGUCGACCUGAACGACUAAAUUCGAAACGGAUAAAAUCCCAUAACAUACCAGUGAUGUUUCAAAUUAAUUGUGUAGUGUUGUAGAAGUAAAGGCUUUCUUUCAACUUAAGAAACUGUGGAAUCCCAUUAUAGAGCCGAUAAUAAAGUAUAGAAUAUUA